UACGCGGCUGCUCUAAAUGGCUCUAAGCGCUUUGGAUCCCUGCUUCGCCGAUCCGUCGAGGGGAGCACCUAUCACGUGGCUCCUUCACGUUUCAUCUGCUCCCCCGUUGCACACGAUUUCACAGUUUUUUCUUUUUCGAACAAAACCCUACGGUUCACAGAAGCAACAAGCUGAAGGACAGUUUCGCAGCGACUGCGUUCGAACGCGGUCCUUCGGCUACGCUGGAUACACGACACCUUCGAGUUGUCAAGGUCAAGCUACCUUCAGCGAGCUUGACUUCAACCACCUUCGUACUUGACUGUUCUUUUCGUACGUAAUAUCGAUUCCGGUUAGAUCCGAUUUCGGCGCAUGAGAGCACGGACGUGUUGCUCCUGGAUUACGAAAAGAACCAUGGGGUACUUAGCAGCUAUCACCGGGCUUUUUCUGGUGCUGACUCUGCCGCAGGACACUGCAGCAGUUUUUGGUGAACCGUCAGGAUUGAAACGAAGUAUUUCCCUAGACGAUUUGUACCACUACAAUAUGCGUCUACUCAGAUUACGAAGCGAAGUCGUACCAACUAGUUACCACUUAGAACUUCAACCAUUUUUCGAUCAGGACAAAUUCGCGGGCCAAGUGAAGGUCAACGUCACCUGGAAAGAUCCCAGCGAUACGAUCAUCUUCAACGCUCGUCCGGAUCUCAUCAUCGAAUUGUACAAAGUUAGGAUCACGGAAUCGUCGUUUCAGGAAAGAGAAAAAGGUUUACCAAUGCUGGACGUGAACGUGGCGAGGAUCACCCAACCCGACGAGCGUAAGCCUUGGUACACGAUUCACUUGGAGCAGAUGUUGAUGGCGGGCAGCAGCUGCGAGGUGGAUCUAUUCUUCUUCGGAAAUCUGAGCAUCGGAACGACCACUGGCCUCUUCAAGAACGUCUACACCGACGAAAAUGGGAACGAAUACCCUUACGUUGGUACCAACUUCAGACUGGAUCAUGCGCAGAGCGUCUUUCCUUGCAUGGACGAGCCCCCUUACAAGGCGACCUUCAAACUCAGCGUGUUGCGACCGAAGAGCAUGAAGGCCCUGUCGAACAUGCCUCUGGAAAAAACCACCAAAUCCGAAGAAAACGAGAAUAUGGAAUGGGAUCACUUCGAGACCACCCCAAAAAUCUCCACCUACCAACUAGCCCUCCUAGUCUCAAACUUCGAAAGCAUCUCUCCAACGCUCGAAGUGGACGAAAUGGACGGCAGAAGGCUACAGAUCAAAGUGUGGGCCCCAAAGCCGUACUUGGAUACCUUGAAAGACGUCCCCGACCGCGUAGUCAAGAUCAUGAAUUAUUUGCAAGAAUACUUCAACAGUUCUAUUGCUCUACCGAAGCUGGACUUGGUGGCGACUCAUUGGACCAGCAGCGACAAGCCAGCCGACAACUGGGGCUUGAUGUUCUUCGCGUCGUGCGACUUGACUAGUGGGACCAUUUGGAACGUGGCGUACGAGCUGAUUUAUCAGUGGAUAGGACAGUACAUCACGCCGUUCCGGUGGAUCGAUGCGCCGGUCAGCAAGGCACUCAACUCGUUUCUGGCUUCGAUGACGACUGUUGAUAUUAAUCCAGACGAAAUGGAAGGAAAAUGGCCGAUGACGAUGCUGUAUUCCCUGUACUACGAAUUCGGGAAAUAUGAGCCUUUCUCAAGAGUUGGAGGAAUGAGGGACGAAGCCACAUCAUCCAAAACUGAACUCGUGUUCCGAAUGUUCAACUACACGCUUGGCAAGGACCUCUUCCAAACUGGCGUCCGGAACUUCGUCCGUCAGGAGUCGGAGGGAAAUCUACGAACCUUCUUCGCGGACGAUAUCUACAGCCGCUUAAACGACGCCGUGAACGGAACCGACAUUUUACCGGAAGGUCUAACGAUCAACAGGAUCGCUGGUCUGUGGACCAAUCGUGACAGGGUGCCGUUGGUCACUGUCAUCCGUGAUUAUGAAACGAAAACGAUCACGCUUAGCCAGAAAGUUUACCUGAGAGAAGCUCCUCGAGAAUCGACUCCUAAAGCUUCUUACCAAUGGGACAUACCAAUAGUGAUGAUAUCGCAAGAGAAAUUAGACUUCCAGAAUCAACGUCCUUUGUGGCUGACAAAAAAAAACAAACCAGAGGAUCUCAAGAUUCCAGACAUCACUGAUGAUAAUCAUUUCAUUAUUGUCAAUCCGGAAGAGAUAGGAAUGUUUCCGGUGAACUAUGAUUCUUGUAAUUGGAAGAUGCUGUCACAGUACCUGCAGGGUCCAGAUCGUGAAAAGAUUCCUGUUUUGACUAGAGCAAAGCUGCUUCAUGACUCUUGGAAUUUAGCUUAUUCUGGAGAGCUGUGCUUUAGUAUUGCAUUAAAUAUGACUCUGUUCUUAAAUGAAGAGAGAAGUCAUGUGGUUUGGGAGCCAGUCUUUAUGAUGAUUGAUCAUGUAGGUAGACGUAUAGAGGGGUCUGAUGUAUAUCCCAAAUUUGAGGCAUACAUACGUACCUUGUUGAAAACUCUAUAUGAGGAACUAAAGGAAACUGAAGAACCAAAUGAACCAUCCUGGAAGACUCACAUGAGAGGAAUGGCAAAGAACUUCCUUUGUCGUGCUGGAUAUGAACCUUGUGUUGCUGAAGCAAGAAAGCAGUACAGAAAGUGGAUAAUGGAUGAAGAUCCAGACAAAGGAAAUCCGGUAGCCAAUGAAUUCCUUUGUCCGGUGUUUAAGUGGGGCACAGAAGAAGAAUGGGAAUUUGGACUUCAGCGUGUCAUCAAUUUCCCUAGAGCUAGUCCUGAGAGAAAACAAAAUGAACGUACAUAUCUUUUGAAAUCCUUAGCUGGCUGUCCAAAAGAUGCAUAUAAAAUUGAAAGAUUAUUGAAUGCAACGAUUUUGGAGCAGCAUGGGAACUUCACGGGUUCAGAAUUUCAGUUAUUCUCAGAUAUUCAGUUAAUCUUUAUGACGCUCAGCGGUGGAGCAGCUGGUUAUACAACAUUGUUCAACUUUUUGACAGACAAUUGGGAGACUGUCAAACAGAAAUUCUCACAUGAUAACCAACUGUGGCACCGCAUCACAGAAUUGGUUGUUUCUUCAUUCAGCACUCAGAAAGGCUUGGACAUGGUUCAAAAAUUGUAUGAGAAUUAUCCAGAAGAUUUUAAUCCUGCGAAUAGGGUGGUUCAAAAAGCUUUUAGAAUGGGACAAAAAGAGUGGGCUGAAAAGAAUCUUCCUGUAUUUGAUGCUUGGCUUUCAGAAAAUCUGCCAAAAGAAGAGCUAGAUGCUAUUCAAUUCAGCUCACCUACCACCACAAUGACUUCUAGUAUGGAAUGAUUAAAAGCAAAUUAUUUUUAAUCUUUCAGAUCGUUUAAAAAGUAGUUCAAUUCAAUAUUGGUCAAAUUUAAAGUAAAUUAAGAAUCAUCAUGGAAAAAUAUUAGGCCAGAUAAAAUUAUAAAAAUAACAUAGAAACAUUUAAAGUUGUACUAUUUUGUUUAUUUACUGUAGAUAAUGUGUAGUUUUUGCUAAUGUAUAAUUGUUACGAGGAUGUAUGUAUAUGUUAUUGUUUGAUGCUAUGAAAAGUCUGACGAGUCUUAAAAAUAACUUUUCACCUGAAAUAAUAGAAAUCUUUGUAUUAGUUUACUGUUUAAUACAUUAGAUUACUAAGUAAUGAAAUAAAUGUAAUAUUACAAA